UUUACUAGUAGAUUAACCAACCUAAACUAGUUAUACCGAACUCUCAGCGUCACGUUCACGUUGCCAUGGCAACACAAGGUCAGUCCAACACAAACCCGGAGUGAGUUUACACGAAACAGCAUUAAAACAACAGAGCAGGCAUUUCUCUUAGUGAUUAAACCGACUGGUUAUUAAAAAAAAUACUUUCUUUUUGUGUUUAUUUUUUUUCUGUCUUCCUCUGCACUAAGAAAACUACAUGACAUUCAAGAAAAGGAAAGCAUGGGUAAACUCUACAAAGGCCUGAAUGAAAUUCAGGGAUGUGCUUCAUCUAUUCCAACCAAGUACCAGACCAUCAUCAUCAGCAAUGAAGAGAAGAAAGGCUUUUCUUCACAGUCAAAGAGAUUUCAAGAUCACCUGAAUGAGAAUCCAGGGCCUGGUUCAUAUAUCUCACAUGCACCAGCUGAGGGAUGCAGUCCUUCAUUCUCUAAAAGAGGAACAGGCAGCUUUGCUUCAAAAGCUGGUCGUGUGCCCCGGAGCUUCCAGAGAUCAAACCCAGGACCUGAUGCUUAUAACCUCCAGACGUCUCUACUCCACAAACACGAUUUUAACAGAGGAGAAUCCAGGAUGUUUUGUCUGCCUGUUGCAGUAAAGAGAGAAAAAACAAAAAAUGAAAAUCCUGCACCAAAUCAAUAUGAUGUAUCUUACAGUGCCGUGGACAAAAAUUCAACUGUUUCUGCUCAAAGUGCAUUUCGCUCUAAAACCAGACGUAGUGCCGGUGUCUCAGACAACUUUAAAGGACCCUCUCCCUGCCACUAUAACGUGAGUGACGUUUUGCUCCAAAAGACUCCUCAAGUUCCUUACUCUAGUUUUAAAUCCACCACUUCCCGGAUCAAGCCACCGGUGAGAAACAACAUCCCCGGUCCCGGGACCUAUAAUCCCCAUCAACCACCAGAACCUGUGAAGAGGACCUUUCUGCCAAGGAGACACUACUUGGGGUUAUCAGCACCACCUCUGAUACCCAACAAAGACCCACCCUUCCCAGGCCCGGGACAUUAUGACAUAGUGAACUUCAAUCGUCCGGUCAAACACCUUGUGUCUAGCGCCGCCUUCCUGUCUGGGACAAGCAGGUGGAUGCAGGAUGUCAAAGUACAGGAUAUACCUGGUCCAGGUUUCUAUGAACCCAUGGUCCUUUCAAAGACGUCGUUCUUGUACAAUCCUGAAAAAAUGUGGAUACCAGCUUAAACAAACAUGUUUUAAAAAUGUUUUAGUAAACAGAUUUUAAGUAUUUAAGUGCUCAAAGUUCAUAAAAUGUCAGUUUUAAUUAGGUUAUAAUUUAGAAUUAUAUUUAUUUAGAUUUUUUUAUAAUAUAUUACAAGUCACCUGUGCUUACAAAUCACUGUAAUGAAGACAUACACUGGCAAUUAAAUGCUUGAAAUAAUUAAAAUAUUUAAAGUGUUUAAUAUCUCUUAUGCUCAC